CAGAUGUAACAUCAGUCUACGAAUAGAAGAUCCCACAAUGGCGGUCAGGCUGCUACAAAGAGCAGAACAUGACGACAUGUUGUAGUAUAAAUUACUCUUAAUUUCAUUCUGAUGAAAGGAUUGAGAAGGUGCGAGUAAGUUUGUAUCUUAUUUUGCUGAACGAACUGGAACAUAAACACUGUUGAAGCAUGAAUUAUAAUCACUCGAACGCACGCCGAGGAAAACCGAAGAGAUUGUUAGAUCCAUCAGCUGGUUUAUCCGCACCAACUCCUCCAAUGCCGCAGAGCUCAUAUAUGUAUAACCAACAGGUGCCUGUGAAUAAUGGUGCAAUGCCAGAAUAUGGUUUUAACGUUCCUGGACAAACGCCACCACCACCAUCAGCACCAUAUGGAUUUAAUCCACAAAUAUCAAAUUAUCCACUCGAUAACACUCAAGGUGAAGAGUUUGCGAGCUCACAAUUUGCGACGCAAUUAUUGGCUCAACCAAUGGUUACAAACAUGGCUGUACAAUAUGGAAACACAUUAGUUGGUACUGGGAAGCAGCAAUUUGAAAAAUAUGUGCCAGUUACAGCCUUGAAAUAUUAUUUUGCUGUAAACACAGAUUAUGUCUUCGCAAAGUUAAUGUUAUUGAUCUUUCCAUUUACACAUAACGACUGGUCUGUAAAAUAUGAACAAGACGUACCAUUACAACCACGAUAUGAGAAAAACGCGCCAGACAUGUAUAUUCCUACAAUGGCGUUUUUCACAUAUGUUGCUACAGCAGGAUUAGUUUUAGGUAUGCACGAACGUUUCACUCACGAACAGUUAGGUAUUCUGGCUAGCAGCGCUCUAGCAUGGGGUGUGAUUGAAUUGCUCUUUCAUACUGUGAGUCUGUAUGUGAUGAAUGUUCAAACUAGUCUAGCAACGUUAGACUUGUUGGCAUAUUGUGGUUACAAAUAUGUUGGUAUUAAUGCAGCCUUAUUGAUGUCGUUGAUAUUUGGAAAGCUGGGCUAUUUUACGAUGCUACUAUAUUUUAGCAUUUCUCUAGCUAUUUUUCUGAUGCGAUCGUUAAAGUUAAGAGUCAUUCCGCAAGGCCAUAGUUCGUAUACGGCUUCUGGAAAUAAGAGACGACUUUACUUUAUAUUAUUCUUAGCUGGUAUACAACCUAUUUUGAUGUGGUGGCUGUCGUAUCAUUUAAUUUAAAUGGCAAGAAAUUUACAUGUGCAAGAAAUUUAUAAGACGCAAUGAAGGGAAGAAGAAAAGAUGUGUAUAUUUAUUAUUUGGUUACUAACAUCAUCUGUACAUUUUUUGUAAUAAAAUUCGAUACAAAUAUAGUAAAUCAUCAUGCGCAUUAUUAAAAGAUUCUGGGAAAAAAGAGCACUGGAAAAUGGUAUAGGUUUGAUACGUAUGAUAUUAAACUCGCGUAAAAUUAAUAAAUAAAUUGUAUUAUGUAAUUAGAAUUAAUUAUAGUUGUAAUUUUUUUAACAGUCAUGAUGCACAAAUAUAUUUAGAUAAGAGCAAAUCUCGAAUACUUUAUUUCGUACAUGUAUGGUAUAUUUGAAGAUUGAUGAAAGUGUCUGGAAAAUAAAUUUUUUCCUUAGA